AUGAGUCUGGCGUUUGGCUUGUUUUGGCGCAACGAUGUGCCAGCUGGCAAGCUGAACAUGGGACUUGGGUUCUAUGGCCGAGCCUUCCAGCUAGCCGAUCCGGCUUGCAACAAACCCGGCUGCGUCUUCAAUGGAGGCGCAACGAAAGGGGCCUACAGCGGCGACUCUGGCAUCCUCAGCUAUCGUGAGAUCAUGGAAAUCAUCAGAACCAAGAAACUUAAGCCCGUCCACGACAAGGAGGCGGGCGUCAAGUACAUCACCUGGAACACUGACCAGUGGGUGUCUUAUGAUGACAAGGAGACGUUCAAACAGAAAAAGGACCUGGCAAAGGAGCUCGGUCUCGGUGGUUUCCUGAUAUGGGCCAUUGACCAGGACGAUGACCAGCUGUCGGCGCUGUCGGCCGUGCUGGACCCCAAGCCGCUGGGCGACUUCCGGUCAGACAAGGCGGACGAGAACUAG